UCCUCCUCGCCUCCCAAAUUCCCCUCCCAAUCCCACCAAGAUCCCACCCAUCCCCGCCGCCGAUGGACCCCCCGCCACCCCCUUCCGCCCCCCGCCGCCCGCCGCGGCGGCGCUCGGUGAAGCCGACCAACUACGAUGAGUCCCGCCUCGACGCCCUCCUCCACGACCAACUCGGCGGUCCCCUCCCCUCGCGGAAGCGCAACAAGACCCUCGAGGAGCGCCAGCGCGAGACCGAGACCGAGGCCAUGAUCGCCCUCUCCCUCGGUUUCCCCAUCGACGCCCUCCUCGACUCCGAGCUCGCCGCCGGGGUCGCCGCCCCCUCCUCCGCCGAGCAGAACGACUACAUCGUCGUCCGCAACCACAUCCUCGCCCGUUGGCGCGCCAACGUCCGCUCCUUCCUCUCCAAGUCCCAGAUCCGCGAGACCGUCAGCAGCGACUACGACCACCUCAUCUCCCGCGCCUACGACUUCCUCUCCGAGCGGGGUUACAUCAACUUCGGCGUGUCGCCCGCCAUCCAGGCGCAGUUCCACGAGGAGCACGAUAAGGGGUCGGUCGUCGUCGUGGGGGCGGGCCUCGCCGGACUGGCAGCGGCGCGGCAGCUUCUCGGGUUUGGCUUCAAAGUCUUGGUUUUGGAAGGCAGGGACCGGCCCGGCGGCAGAGUUUACACCAUGAAGAUGGGUAAGAAAGGGAACUUUGCUGCCGUUGAUCUCGGCGGUAGUGUCAUCACCGGCAUUCAUGCGAACCCGCUUGGUGUCCUGGCUAGGCAGCUCGGCGUUCCGCUCCACAAGAUCAGGGACAGGUGCCCUCUGUUCUGGCCGGACGGGAGAGAUGUCGAUGAAAAAUUGGAUCUUGAGGUAGAUUUCGUGUUCAACAAGCUCCUCGACAAGGCUACUCAGCUGAGAGAGGUUCUGGGAGAGUUUGCCAGUGGCAUUUCAUUGGGUUCGGCAAUCGAAAGGCUUUGGAAGUUGUAUGGUGUGGCGAGGAGCGGCGAAGAGAGGGAGCUUCUUGAUUGGCACCUCGCGAAUUUGGAGUACGCGAAUGCUGGGUGCCUCACGGAGCUCUCGCUGGCCUACUGGGAUCAGGAUGAUCCCUAUGAGAUGGGUGGAGAUCACUGCUUCCUUGCUGGAGGCAAUUGGAGAUUGAUCAGUGCACUGUGUGAGGAUGUACCCAUAUUGUAUGGAAAGACGGUAACAAGGAUAGAGUAUGGAGAAGGGGGAGUGGAGGUGGUUGCUGCUGGUGGACAAGUGUUUCAGGCCGAUAUGGUGCUCUGCACUGUGCCACUUGGUGUCUUGAAAAGUGAGAAUAUCCAGUUUCAUCCUGAAUUGCCAUCUCGGAAGCUGGAGGCUAUUAAGAGAUUAGGUUUUGGGUUGCUGAACAAAGUGGUCAUGGUCUUUCCUUAUGCCUUUUGGAGCGAGGAACUUGAUACAUUUGGUUGUCUUAACAAGGAUCGACGCAAGCGUGGUGAAUUCUUCCUGUUCUAUAGUUAUCAUACUGUUUCUGGAGGUCCAGUGCUUAUUGCAUUGGUGGCAGGAGAAGCUGCAUUGACUUUUGAAUCCACUGAUCCGGUCAUUUUGCUUCACCGAGUUCUUGGGAUUCUUAGAGGUAUAUAUGGUCCAAGAGGUAUUCAAGUUCCUGAUCCAAUUCAAACAGUUUGUACAAGAUGGGGCAGCGAUCCUCUUUGUCAUGGUUCAUACUCCCAUGUCAGAGUUGGGUCAUCUGGUAGUGAUUAUGAUAUUCUCGCUGAGAAUGUUGGGGGACGACUCUUUUUUGCGGGGGAAGCAACAACUAGAGAAUAUCCAGCUACAAUGCACGGAGCUUUCUUGAGUGGAUUAAGAGAAGCAUCAUGUAUUCUUCAUGCCUCAAGAAGUAGAACUAAUGGGAGUGCUGAUCCUAAGAAGUGCUUGCAGAAGAACUUGAGAUUUUGCAGUGACAUUCUCUUGGAUCUAUUUAAGGAGCCAGAUUUGGCAUUUGGGAACUUUUCUUUUGUGUUUGAUACUAUCACAAUGGAGGAUCCUAAGGCAAUGGGACUUAUGAGGGUCACCUUUGGAACAACCAGAAAUGAAGCUUGCGGGAACUGUAUCUCGGAAGAAGAGUCAGAGGAACAAAGGCAGUUGACAGAUUCGCAGUUUCAAGCUUUGCAUCUGUAUGCUAUUUUGUCCCGGGAGCAAGCACUCCACAUACAACUGGUGACAUUAUGGAGAUUUUGGGGUGGCUCAUGCAACAAAUAUAUAUAGACAAGUUUCUAGACUAAAUAUGUGGGGGGAAAGCCAACCAUCAUUACUUGCUCAAGAAAUUGAUGGAUGUAGAGAAGGUGAAUAACUUACAAGGGGUUUCUAUCAACGUACAGAAUGUGUAUGAUAAACACGAUAUGAUCUGAUAUGCUGAGCAUCGAGGAAGAAGCAUCCCAAUUGGAUAUGUUGGUCAAAUGAAGUGCAAGAAUUUUAAUGCACAGAUUACUCACUGAAUGUCAAUAUCCACUAGCCACUGCUGUUGGUGUACAUUUUUUUGCAGAAAUAUUGUUUAUUGUUUUGAGACGUAAAUAAGGCUGAAAUCUGAAUGCAAUAUUGGAGGAUAAUUGGAUUUUGCUUUU